AUGUCGCUGCAAUCUGGCCACGGAACAGGAAAGCUUCAAAUAUGGUGUGUUCGUGUCUUCUCUAGAAUACAAAUUUUGUACAGUAUAUGGAGGACAUUGCUCCUACAGAGCAGUAACAUGUUGACUUCGACGCCUGCCCUGGAGUGGCUAUCAAAAUUCUCCCCUUUCUAA